AAUUCUCACGGGGAGCCGCCAGCUCAGCGGGGACACGGGGACAUCCCUGAGGGGCUGGGGGUGAUUUUUAGGGUGCAGCAGCUCCGAGCGGCAGCGCAGCGCCUCGAAGGGACGGAGGAGGGGUGGGGUGCAGCCCCGCAGCCCCCUCGGGGUGGGAGUGCGGGCAGCGGGACCCCGAGGGGACGCGCGGGGACCCCCGGGCGGGGCCGGGCGGAACCGCCGGGUCCUGGCGGCUUCAGCCAGCGCGCCGCCAUGUUUGCUCACUAACCAAUCAGAAGCCGUGCUGAGCCGUUAGCCCCGCCCCUCGGCGGACAUUGCCCAAUAGCGUGCUCUAAUGGGCGGCGCGCUGAGGCAGGCCUUUCGCCGUGGCAGCAGGAUGGCCAAUCAGAAGCGGGAUUUCCGCGUUAGCCCCGCCUCUCAAUGAGCAUUGACCAAUGGCGUGCGGCGGUGGGCGGGGCCAGGCGGGCGCGCGGAGGGCAGCGGGAGGGCGGUGAUGGCGCUGCGCGGGGCCGUGAGGGCGGCGCGGGGCAGGUGGACGCGUCCCCUGAGCUCCGCGGGGGGAGGUGACACCAUCUUCGCCUUGUCCUCGGCCCCCGGGCGCUGUGGGGUGGCCGUGAUCCGUGCCAGCGGCCCCGGCAGCCGGGGAGCCCUCCAGAGCCUCACCGGCACCCCCAAAGUGCCCCCACCCCGAGUCCUGGCCCUGCGGCGCAUCCGCGACCCCGACACCGCCGAGACCCUCGACCGCGGCCUCGUGGUGUGGUUCCCAGGGCCCCGCAGCUUCACCGGGGAGGACUGCGCCGAGCUGCACGUGCACGGGGGGCCCGCCGUGGUCAGCGGGGUGCUGCGGGCACUGGGCCGCUUGCCGGGGCUGCGGCCGGCCGAGCCGGGCGAGUUCACGCGCCGGGCGUUCCACCACGGCAAGCUGGACCUGACGGCGGCCGAGGGCCUGCGGGACCUGAUCGGGGCCGAGACGGAGGCGCAGCGGCGCCAGGCCCUCAGACAGAUGGAGGGGGACCUAGGGCAGCUCUACCAGCGCUGGAGCCACACCCUCACCCAGGCGCUUGCGCACCUCGAGGCCUUCAUCGACUUCAGCGAGGAUGACAACGUGGAGGAGGAGGUUUUGUGCCAAGUGGAUGUCACCGUGCGGGCGCUGGAGCGGGAGAUCCGAGGCCACCUGAGGGACGGGCGCCGGGGGGAGCUGCUGAGGGGAGGGGUCCGAGCGGUCAUCGCCGGACCCCCCAACGUGGGCAAGAGCAGCCUCCUCAACCUCCUCUGUCGGCGCCCGGCCGCCAUCGUGUCCCCCGCGGCGGGCACCACGCGGGACGUGCUGGACGUGGCGCUGGACAUCGGCGGGUACCCGCUGGUGCUCAGCGACACCGCGGGGCUGCGCCCGGCCACCGACCCCGUGGAGCGCGAGGGGGUGACCCGAGCACGGCACCGGCUGUGCCAGGCUGACCUGGUGCUGGCCGUGCUGGAUGCCACCUCGGUGUCACCCACGCCGCUGGCUCUGGGCGCUGCGCUGGCCGCCCUGGAGCCGCCCCCGGACACCCCCUGCGUGCUGGUGCUCAACAAGGCCGACCUGCUGGGGGAGCUCCGGGGGUCCCUGAGUGCCACCUGUGCCCGGACACCCCCUGAGCCCCCUGCCACCCUCCUGUCCUGCAAGACGGGCGAGGGGCUGGAGUCACUCCUGGAGCUGCUGGCGCAGCAGCUGGCACAGCUGUGCGGGGAUCCCCUUUUGGGGUCUCCCAGCCUGACGCAGAGCCGGCACAGCCGCCACCUCGGUGCCUGCGCGGCGGCGCUGGCGCGGUUCGGCGGCGGGGACAGCGGGGACCUGGCGGUGGCAGCGGAGCAGCUGCGCUUGGCACGGCGAGAGCUGGGCAGGAUCACCGGGCACGUGGGCGCCGAGGAUGUCCUGGAUAUUAUUUUUAGGGAUUUUUGUGUUGGGAAGUGAUGGGGGGAUGGGGGGAGGGGGUGGGUUCGCUGUGGGGUCCCCCCUCCGGUGUUGUUGUGGUGUCACCGGGAUUAAACCGUGGUGCCUUUGG